CAGUUGGGUACUUUUUCUUUUUUCUUUUAGGUAUAUAUAGAUAUAUAUUAUUUUAUAGCAAAAGUUUUCUGUUGGUGAAUGGUGAUAGCCAUCUUGCUUUAGAGAUAUGGAUCUGAACCCUAUUUCAUCCAGAACUACCACUGACAUGAAAACCAUAGAGAGAAACAGAAGAAAUCAAAUGAAGGUUCUCUACUCGAAGCUCAACUCUCUUGUACCCCAGCAAACCACAAGGAAAGUGACAUCGUUGCCGGAUCAGCUAGAUGAAGCUGCAACAUACAUAAAGAAGUUGCAGAUAAGCAUAGAGAGAAUGAAGGAGAAGAGGAAUAGGUUGAUGGGUUAUAAUAAUAAUAAUAAUAAUUUGAAUGGAGGAGGAGGCAGUAAUAUUAUGAGCAUUAACAGUAGUAACAGCCUAAUUGGAGAACCCAUUAAUGGUGAUAUGAGCUCGAAAUCGCCUCACAUUGAGGUUCAUGAGAUGGGUUUGGCUGUUGAGAUUGUUCUGAUAAGUGGCUUGGAUUUCCAGUUCAUGUUCAACGAAACAAUUCGCAUUCUUUAUGAAGAAGGAGUUGACAUUCUUAAUGCCAGUUUCUUUGUUUCUGAAGAUACUGUUUUUCACACCAUACAUUCUCAGAAGGGAGAAUUUGAUUCUGGUGUUGGUGCUUCAAGGAUAUCUGAGAGGCUAAAGAAGUUAAUUGACGAAGCCAGUAAUGAAUCUUGAAGCAUUUAUAUAUAUAUGUCAUUAUAGUAGUGGCUGCUGCUUAGUUAUGAACAAAAUCAAGAAUGUUGAUGAGUGAUUAUAUUGCCUUGAUGAUUAUAUUUACAUUGUCUUCUAAUACUUUGUAAGUCAUCAGUUUAUUAAUUAAUUAGAAGUACUAUAUAUAUAUUGUUUGUGA